AUGACGUUAGUAUGGGUCAAAACAAAGAAGACCAAAGUCAAAAUGAACCCUUAGUGAUAAUAUCAAUACCAAGUAUAAUAGAUAAAGAAUUCUCAUUGUCUAAAGGAUGGGUGCUAAAAGGCAAUCAAAAGUUAGGCAAUAGAGGUGGUGCUAGAAUCAAAAAAAACAUAAGAGCUAAGUUAGAAGGUUUUUUUCUAAACGGGAAUCGAGUAAAUAAAGACAAAAUAAGUGCAAAGGCCAUGCAUGCCGAACUCCUAAAAUUCGUUGAAAUGGAGACAUUGAAGCAGAGGAUAUUCCAAAAACUUCCACAAUACAAAAUUGGAUAA